GUCAAUUGUUCUACUCACUGGGGGACAAAAAAAAGGGCCUGGGAUGAAAUGAUGCAUGCCAAGGAUCUGUGAAAACAGCAGAAGCUUUUAUUUAGCUCUCAAGACAGUGUCAAUAAGAGAUUGAACAUUAAUACAGCCCAAUUUCCUGAGGAAAUGGCUUGCCUGUUGUACACUGAGUAUGAAGAGAAAAUUCGUCCUUACAUUGACCUCAAUGACUCCCUGAGAGAAUUGGGCUUAGAUAAGGACUUACCGUUACCCAGCAUCGCGGUGAUUGGAGACCAGAGCUCGGGGAAAAGCUCAGUACUGGAGAUGCUUUCGGAGGUGGCCCUUCCCAGGGGCACUGGUGAGAAACCUCGGUGCCCCCUUGAGUUGAAACUGAAGAAUGGGGAGAAAGGAUUGCCUUGGAAAGGACAUUUACGUUAUCGAGAUUCUUCAGUAACGCUGAACAGCCCACAUGACGUGGAAAAAGAAAUUAAGAUAGCCCAGGAACACUUAGCUGGAAUAACUGGGAUAAGUUCAGAACUGAUUAGCCCCCAAGUGGAAUCAUCUUGUGCUCCAAACUUGACCAUGAUAGACCUGCCUGGAAUCAUCAGGGUUCCCAUUGGUGACCAGCCACAGGAUAUUGGAUCCACGAUCAAAAAUCUCAUCAAUUCCUACAUUAGAAAAGAAGAAACUAUAAUUCUGGUAGUCAUCUCCUGUAAUGUGGACAUUGCUACCACAGAAGCAUUGAAAAUGGCGCAAGAAGCUGACCCGAAAGGGGAAAGGACACUGGGUGUUCUUACAAAACCAGACUUGGUUGACUAUGAUACAGAAAAAGAGAUUCUCAAAAUCAUCAACAAUCAAAUGGUCCCUCUACAAAAAGGUUACAUGCUCAUCAAGUGUCAUGGACAGCAUGAUCUAUUGGCAAAUACAUCCCUGGCUAGUGCAUUGGAGAAGGAAACUGAAUUUUUCAACAAGAAUAUUCAUUUUAGUCCACUGCUGGAUAAGAAAAUGGCAUCCUUCCAGCAUUUAUCUACUAGACUCACCAGUGAGCUCGUUGUACAAAUCCGGAAAUGUCUGCCUAGUAUUCAUGAGAAAAUUGGGAGCAAAAUAAAUGAGAUCACGAAACAUUUCAAUGAAAUGGGAGGGACAAUUCCAGAAGACACUAAAGCAAGAGUGCACAUUCUGACUAGCAAAAUCCUAACCUACUGUGAUGAACUCAUUAAUUUAGCAAUGGGAGAUUACAAAAAAGAAUAUAGCAGUGAGGUGAAGUUGCACCACUUUGCCAGGGAGAAAUUUGCGGAGUGGUAUAAGAAGCUGGAUGGAGUCAAAAUAAAGCUCGAUGAGGGAGCAAUGAACAUGGUCAAACAUCAUGAAAAACACUCUAAAGGGCGAGAGCUGCCUGGAUUCACCAAGUACAGAGUUUUCGAAGCUGUUAUCAGAGACCAGAUUCAGGAGUUGCUCGAGCCCUCUCUUGAAAUGAUGAAUGAAUUUUCAGCUAAAGUUGAGGCAGUGUGUAACACAUUGGCACUUCUAACUUUAGUGGUCUCCCAGUUUCAGUCAAUGAAAUUCAGGUUAAAAUCACUGAAAUCUGUCGCAAAAUGGAAAGUGAGGCAGAGCAAAUGAUUAGGACAAACUUUAAGAUGGAGGGAAUGGUUUUUGCACCGGAUGAAAUGUAUAGCUGCAGACUAAUGAAAUUUCAGUCACUAUCUCAGCAAAUGGGGAGGAACUCACAAAGAAAUUCAAACCUUGAUGUGCAGACCAUGGUUGUUCAUUUGCAAACCUAUUAUCAGAUUGCUAUAGAUCGAUUGAUCCAAAUGGUUCCCAUGGUGCUGAGAUAUUAUCUUGUCCACGAACUGUCUGCCCAGAUGAAGGUAGAGCUGGCUCAGUUAUUAUUCCACAGUAAGGAUGUGGAUGCUCUCCUUCAUGAGGAUAAUGAUACAGCAGCAAAACGAAGAGCUUUGAAGGUCAGCUUGGAUCGGUUGACCAAAGCACGGACUCUUCUGAUGAGCUAUUGAUUUUUUUUAAACUGAGCACAGAGUGUGAGAAUGAGGCAGUAGUGUAUGAAAGUGGCAUUGGAAUAGAGAUUCUGGCAGCAAUACAUGUCAUCUGGUGAGUGGGGUAGGUGGGAGGAGAUUACAUAGUCUUACAUUCUUGAUCUAAGCUAUGCUGUGCGGGAAACUCAUGAGCAGGGUCAGGUAUUUCCAUGUAAAUUGGGAGGUAUUUAACCCACCCAGGCCAAAAAGAAAAUGGGCUCCAGGUGGGCAGCAAAAGUAGCAUUGUGAGUGGCCAGGGAAUGACCCAUUCAUUAGACACAUAGAAAAUGUUUGGUAUUGAAGAGGAAACCCAUGAGGGAAAACUAAGGAUGACAAAUGUACUGGAGGAGGGAUGGAUGAAGAUAGGAUUAUUUUAUAUUAAAAUAUGUAUUUAUAUUUUACUUUGAUAGAAUAGAUAGGGAGAAUCUGUUUCCACUAACAGAAGAGGGUUGAGGGGGCAAAAUGACCUACUCUUAUUAAAGUUAUGAGGUUUAUAAGAUUGUAAUAUUUUUGGGAUUGUAUCUUGUAAUUUAAGGUAAAUGAAGUGGGUCAUAUGACCUGUUCUGACAGUAAGUCCUGGGUGGUUUGAUUGUUAGAGAUUAAAGGAGGGCUCAGAUUGUUUUAGAGAUAAGAAAGUGCAAGGUACUUACACUUCAAACAAUGGCAGGAGUCUCUUGAGUAUAUCAGGAGUAGACCCAAAGUUGUUAUGCUGUAAAUUAUCCACUUACUUCUAAGAUGGAAGUAAGUUGGGAUCAAGGAUAGCUGAAUAGCAUUUCUACCUAAAUACAGGCUAAGGUGUUUCAUGUUGCCAUGGGCAAGAGGGCAUGGAAAGCCAUUUUUGAGAUCAGGCUACAGGCUUCCCUCUAAAUCUUUUAAUAUCACAGACAGCAGCUAUCUGAGAGGCAGAGAGUGGGAGAUAGAGGCAGCUUGUCCUGCACUUGAAGCAGAAAAAAUACUGACUCUGUUGUUCGCAAACAGAACAUAGGGGGUGACCAUGUGCUCAGAUUGAAGAGGCCGGAUUUGUGAGGAUUUAACAGAGGCUGGAAGAUUCAUCUAGCUUGGGUUGGAGGGAAUUAAUCUACAGUGUAACCCUCACAGUGGAAGUCAGUUCUGGGAUCAGAGGUUGCCCAGCUAGAAAAAAUAAAAAGGAAGCAAUCUAUCAGGAGCUGAGAAUAAGUUUAGACUAGUUUCUGGAGGCUGAAGUGUCCACUUAAAGGACAAUAUAACAUCUAAUGGGAAGUUUUUGGUUGUGCUAGAUAUUAACUGGGGAAUCUCUUUUCUGUUGUUUAAAGUAUAAGUUGCCUACAAAAAGAAAAUUGUGUUUAUUCAAUAGUGUUUGUUCAAUAAUUUGUGACAGUAAAACAUUUAAAACUUGAAA